UUUUUUUGUUCAUUGGAAUUCAUAGCUGUUGUUACAAUGGUAAUGGCCAUGCCGUCUGCCAAAGAACCCGUUAAACGAAAAGCAACUUCAGAUAAAAAGAUUUCUAAGACCCUCCACAUCGAGCGUCGUAUCACUAGAGCAAAAGUGAAAGCACGCUCAGAAUUGGACCUUUUCGAAUGGAACAAAUGGAAAUUUGCAAAACAGGACUUUUGGAUAGACCCCAUAGUGGAUACUGUCGAUCGAAUUGAUGGUUUAACUGUACCAAAGGAAGAAUUCAUUGAAAAAUACGAACGACCAGAACUGCCAGUCGUUAUUCUUAAUUUGACGAAAAAGUGGCCUGCUGAGCAGCGCUGGAACAGAGAGUACAUGAUCAAGCAGUACGGAUCACAGACCUUCAAGGUCGGAGAAGAUGACGACGAGAACAAUGUGUACCUCAAAAUGAAGCAUUUCUUUCAUUAUGUCGAUACCGAGAGCCAGGUUGACGACUCUCCGCUGUACAUAUUUGAUAGCGGAUUCGAAAAAUGGGGUAGAGGCAAAAAGAAAUCAAAAUCAUCCACGGUAACUAAAAGCUCAACUUCAUCGGAAAGCUCUGUCCGUCCUGCCAAACGUAGCAAGUAUUUCUCGGAUGAUCUUUUCCAUUUUGCUGGUGAGCGACGCCGCCCACCAUACAAAUGGUUCGUAAUGGGCGAUGCCCGUAGUGGCACUGGUAUUCAUACCGAUCCUCUGGGAACAUCAGCGUGGAAUGCCCUCCUAAAGGGCCACAAACGAUGGGCGAUGUUUCCACCUGGCACACCAAAGGAGAUUGUCGAUCCCCCUAUGAAACCUUAUGACCAUGAAGCUGUAUCCUGGUUCGCUACGGUUUUUCCAAAAUUUACAAAGAGAGAUGACCCAACGGAUCCUAGAUCAUUGGGUGAGAAAUUGGGAAUGGUACAAGUUCUUCAGCGACCCGGUGAAACUAUCUUUGUGCCUACCGGCUGGGCACACGUUGUAAUGAAUUUGGACUUUACUGUCGCCAUAACUCAAAACUUCUGCUCUGUAACCAACCUCGAAAAUGUAUACCUCGCAGCUCGCCAUUCCAGACCAAAGUUGACAGCCAAGUUUUAUCGCGAACUCUCAAAACGAGGAGAAACAGACCCUUCGUUUAAAGCACUUGUGGAUAGAAUUGAUGGACUCAAAUUUGUGCCUAGAGUACCUCCAAGCAGCUCAGGGUCCAGUUCAUCAUCAACUAGCUCAUCAAGCCCCAGCAGUAGCGAGAGCGAUUCUGUCGCCGUCAGUGACACUGAUUCAGACACUGACUUAGAAGACGGGACAUGUAUGUGUCGCAAGUGCAAAUUACGCAAAAAGAAGGAGGCGAAGCGAAAACAAAAAUGAAGUUCGAUUCGAUAUUAAACAUUAUGUUUUAAUGGCUAUCGACAAGUAGUGUAGAGGGGAUGCGAGCAAUGUACAUAUAGAAUUAAGUAGAGCCUUUAUGCGAGUGACCAAUACCCUAAGUUGCAUAAAAAUAUAGAAAGGAUUAAGCCAUAGAUUUCCAAACAAUAAAAGAUUUAAAAUGUCUGUGCACUUACACAAUUUGGA